CUGAAGCACUCGACGACGACCUUGCUUGCCCCUCGCCGAACCGACAAACAUCGAGCCGUACAGCUGAGCGUCGCCACCAUGUCGACCCAGAACCCGCCGACGUUUAUCCCCUCCAAGGUCGCCAAGAGCGACUAUCCUCUUAUCGACAACGACCCACACUUUAAGCGGGUUGUCGGCUAUGCCCGCCCGUCCGACUACGCAGCAGGCGCCACCGCCGCGGCCGCCGGCCCCGGCAUCCUCCUCGCACUGGAAAAGUUCUCGCCGUCCUACGUUGGGAAGGGUGGCUUUGCGCCGGCCAUGAGGCUAUGCGGCGGGCUGGGCCUCGUCGGCGGCUUUCUCUACUUUUAUACACGAUCUAGCUUGCGCUUCUACGGCAUGUCGGAGAACCAGCGCGAGAUCGACAUGGACAUGCGUGAGAUGGUGGCCAAGGUCAAGGCCGGCGAGCCCCUGUACGGCGAGUCCCGGCUGACGCCCAACAUGCAGGGCGUGGCGGCGCGCCAGUCGCGCUACUCGACGCUCUUUAUGGGGGCUAUGCCAUGGUUCAACUUUGUCAACCACAACCAGCACGGCAUCGACACGGCAAAGUACUACCGGCAAGCGGAGCGUGAGCUUGAGGCCGAGCGCAAUGGUGGAAGCGCAUAGGGUGGACUGUUGUGUGCAGGUUCGACCGGGCAAUGGAUUGUGUAUAGUUUACCGGCGUUGCACGUUGGUGCGUGGUGGUCACAGACUGCCGCGCAUCCAUGGCGAGACUCGAAUGGAUCUGGAGUUCGCUUGGUUGA